AUGGUUCUGGAACGCAGAGAGGAGCGGCGGGAGAAAAUCGCGCGGGAGUUUGUGCCGUUAGACCGGCUCGAUCGUGAAGAGGGGGGAUUGCGGGGGUUCGCGAAUGGUCUCUCGCGGAAAGAGACAGGGGGAGGCGGAGGGGCGGCGGAUAGCGGGGCUGGUGGUAGUGAGAACAGCGGCAGUGGCAGUGGUGGCGGUGGCAGCGGUGGUAGCAACUCCAACAGCGGUGCUUUUGUAGGAGGUGCAGCAGGGGAAGGUGGGACGGGGAGUGAUAAAAACGACAGGGCAGGCUCGGGAGGUGGAGGGGGAGAGCAGCAAGGGAGCAACGGGAAAGGCAAGAGAGAAGCAGCUCAGACCCAGCUAGACGAAGACGAUAUCCCUCUGCUUAUGCCUUUAAAGGGGUUGUUUAAAAGCAAGGAUCUUGACGAGGAGAUUAAAGAGGAGGAAGAGGAGGAGAGGAAGAAGGGGGAGAGGGGGGCGGAGAGGAAGCGGCAUGUCGCGAGACGGGAGUUUCGAAGCGAUGACUGGAGUCACCUGGGGGAAACGCGGCCUGGGUUGUCGUCUGGUGAGAGCGGUGCCGGUGGGGGUGGUGCUGGAGCGAACACAACUGGUGCUGCUGCCACUGGGGCUUCUGCUGGUGAUGGUGUUGCCAGGGAUGGUGGCAGUGCUAGUAACGAAGCCAGCAAUGGCGCGUUAGGUGCUUCUAACGGAGAUUCACAGGAAACCGCAGCCGCAGGUACCCAAGCCAGCACUGGUGCCACUAAGGAGGGCGAGAAUGGGGCUGCCAAGCCAAGUGUGACUAAAACGAAUGAGACGAGUGGUGAGAAGGGCGGCGAUGUGGGUCAGCUAGUGGGGCGAAUCCUCGAUAGGCUGGACGAUAUGGAAGACGAGGGGGGUAAGUUCAACAAAACCCUCGAAAAACAAGAGGCAGUUCUGGAAACAGUCGCCCGGGUGGGUAAACACCAUGUGCUAGAAGAGGUGAAGGAGAGGGAGCAGCGGGAGGAGCAGGAAGACCGACAGGUUCUAGAGGAAGCAGAGAGGGAGGAAGCACAGGAGAAGAUGAAGCAGCUAGAGCAGGUAGCUCUAGCCAUGGCUGCUGCUGAAGCCGAGAAGAAGGCGAAAAAGAAAGGGGUGGCGGCGGUGGCCGCGGUGGUGAGUCAAGGCGUGAAAGCGAGCGAAGUGUCGCUUUUUGACCUGGUGUUUGGGCGGGAUAGCAGCGGGAAGCAACCUCCCCCAGUUUCGCCCUCCCCCAGCAUCCGUACGAAGAACCUGACCAGGCUAGCUGCAGCUAAGAAGCGGUUUGCUGAGAGAGCAGGGCGGGGGGCGAGGGAGAAGGAGAGAUCUGAGAGGGUGGAUGAAGGGGAGAACGAUGUUCCGAGGCUGAUAGACUCGCAGGACAACGAGUACGUUAUAAGCAGCCCCGGUAAGGGGUCGAAGAUGCAGCUACAGGAGGACUUUAUGCUUAUAUCGGAUGUGGUGAAGGUGAUAGUGGCGGCGGCGCUGGGCGGGCUUGCGUGUGGGCUGGUGGGGCAGCCGAUCAUCUUGGGGUACAUCGUUGCAGGGAUGAUCAUAGGGCCUGGUGGAUUCGGCCUCAUUCACGAGCUCGUGCAGGUGGAGACCCUAGCACAGUUUGGGGUGGUAUUCCUGCUCUUUGCCAUCGGGGUGGAGUUCAGCCUCGCCCGCAUGCAAGGCGUGCACGCCGUGGCGCUAGCGGGCGGCAUAAUCCAGAUCGGCCUGUCCAUGGUGCUGGGCGGCAUCGUGAGCUCCAACACCCCCCAGGGGCUGUUCAUAGGGGGAUUCCUCUCCAUGUCGUCUACUGCUGUGGUGCUCAAAUGCCUCAUGGAUAUCAACAGCAUGGGCACCGAGCAUGGGCAGAUCAUGCUCGGAACCCUCAUCAGUCAAGACUGUGCCCUCGGCCUCCUCCUCGCAAUAAUGCCGGCGCUCGCCGCCCGCCCCGCGUCCGCCUCGGCCAUCCUUCUCGCCCUGCUGCGCGAGCUCCUCAUCCUCCUCGCCUUCGCCCUCAUCGCCUGGCUGCUCGCCCGCUUCUUCGUGCCCCGCUUCCUCCCGCUGCUGCUGCGCCUGGCGCGCGGGUCGUUCAACAGUGAAAUCUACCACUUAGGCGUGGUGGCAGUCUGCUUGUGCAUCGCUCUGCUCUCCGAGGGGCUCGGCUUGUCACUCGAAGUCGGAGCGUUUGUGGCUGGCCUCAUGCUCUCAGGCAACAGCUACAGCGAGCGAACUUUACACCAAGUGGAGCCCAUCCGCAACCUCUUUGCGGCGCUCUUCCUGGCGAGCAUAGGCAUGGUCAUGCACCCGCUCUUCCUGUGGCAGCACAUCGACAUCCUUCUCGCUGCUGUGGCUGUUGUCUUUUGCGCCAAGGCCUGCCUCAUUGGGUUUGUGGUUCGGGCGUUUGGCUACAGCACCGGCACAGCCGCCUCAGUCGGGGUGGCUCUAGCGCAGAUCGGGGAGUUCUCCUUUGUGCUCCUCUCCCGCGCUCAAACCCUCAAGCUCGUCGGUCACAAGCUCUACCUCCUGCUCAUGGGCACCACGGCGCUCUCCCUCGUCCUCACCCCCUUCACCUUCCUCUUUGUCCCCCGCCUAGCCCUGCUCUUCCCCUCUACUCGCUCCCGGGCCCGGGCUAAGGCGUCCCCCGCCCCUGCUGCUGCACAGGAGAAGAUCAAAUCGGGGUAG